AUGAAAGAGGCUAGAAACAAGAAGGCGGGCACGGUAGCGCAAACCACCACGGCUCCCCUUCCCAGAGCGGCUCAAAUCCCGGAAGGUGAACGUAAUGCAGCCGGGUCUCUGAUGGCGGUCGCAAGCGAUCCGACCGCAUCCAGAGGGACCCGAAACAAGAAGCGCCGACAACGGAGGCGUCGACAGGCGAGGACUGACGUCAACCCAGACCUCCCUCCCCCGCAUCUACCUCCGAAACAGGGCCCACGUCUACCUCAAAAAUCCAAACCCACAGCAACCGAGCAAGCUACUGCGUACGCAGUACCGAUAACGGAGGUCAUUCAGAUCCUUCAGGAGAUCUUAGCGGCCGUCCAGGAAGGCCGAGUCAAGGAGGUUGUCCCGACCAUCCUCAGAGCCCUGACAAGGCUUUUAGUUCGAUAG